UGCUCGUUUAGCCGAGCCGAGUUUUAGGGUAAAAGAGGUAGAUAAUUUGAAACACAAUGAAAAGUAACAUUUGCCGAUGCUAUUUGACCAAAAGGACGGUCAGUGAACGAGUCAGACGGGUUGCCUAAAUUGAAACAUAACUUUAACUGCUAGUAAAGGCUAUAAAAAUAUAUAUUUUUCUACUACCGCUAUGUUAAAAUUCGGCUUCAGGAGGGAGAAAGACAAGGAGUUUAAGCAUAUAGCUCAUGGUCUGAUCCCUGCUGCCUCCAUUGCUCCCAAGCCUGCAGUCCCUCGUACCCCGCCCCCACGCAGCCCAGACCCCUCACCUGAGAGACCCAGAUCAGCCUUAGCAGCAGCCAUCUUGUCUUCUUCACUCACUGGACAGACAUGGGCCAUCCCUCCUGCCCGGCCGAGGUCUUUCUCUGAGAGUGGCCAGUCAGAGUCCUUUGCAUCCGAACCAAACAUCAGCACAGCACUUUACACCAGAGACAGAUGGUCAGAGGAUUUGGCCUGCCGUCCACGCCUGUCCUCCCCUGAGCACUCAGAGGAGGAGUUGGAAGACAAGGAACAUGAGCUGGAGAAUGAAGAGGACAGGGAAGAACAUGUUUACCAAACUCUGGACAGACAGGAGAACUGUUCAAUUGCAGAACCUGUCUAUGCCAUGCCACUAAAACCUAAGACCGGUGCACUCCAGCCAAAUCAGAUGUCUGGCAGAAGAGUGCCUUCUCCAGAUUUAACAGAGGAAACCAAUGUCCAGUCUCCUGAAGCCAGCAGUGAGUCUUCCAAGAAGAAAGCCUCUAUCAGGAAGAGCCCUGGAAGUCAGAAAGAAGUAGUGCCUUGUAGAUCCACACCACCCACCAACCACCCCAGCCAACACAGCAAAGCCAAAAACACCAAACAUCUCACCCAACUGUCUCCAGAGCCCAGCAAGGCGUUCAGUGAGGAGCAGAGGGAGGUAGUGUCGGCCCUGCCAAAGAAGAACACAAGGAUGGUAGAUGAACAAAAGCUACUGGAGGAGAGACUGCAACGGCUGGAACAGGAGAUCAGUCACAGCCAGGCGUCCUCAAACCUGAGGUCAUCUGCAGGCAGCCAGGCAGAGCUACAGAAUUUGAGGCAACAUGCCCAGGAGCUGGUGGAUGAAAAUGACGCCCUCAAACUGACAGUUCACCGUCUGAAUGUGGAGCUGAGUCGAUACCAAACCUGCUUCAGACCGUUGUCCAAACAGGAGAGCUCCAGAAUCAGUGGCUUGCCAAAGACAGGGUCUCCUCCUCCCUGGCUGCUUGACAUGAAGUAUUUAUCUCCUCUUCUGCUGGCCUAUGAAGACAGGAUGAAUGAGAACGAUAAACUUCUGCAAACCACUGAGGAGGAGGUGAAGAGGUUGCGUGUUCACAUAGAGGAGGUGAUCAAAGAAAAUGGGAGACUCCAUGAUGAAAUUGCAAAGAUCGGAGGGGUCAGCCAGAAGGACUGUCAUCAGCUACAACAGCAGGCCUUUUUGGUUUUGCAGGAGAAUCAGGUUCUUAUUGAUCAGCUUGAGGCUCAGCAUGUUAAGGCCAAGGCCAGCCACAGCAGACAUCGUUCUGAAGUUUCCAAGGUGUCUAAGCAAUUGAUGUUGUUAGAGGCGGAAAAGCAGCGUUUACAGGAGGACCUGGAAGAGAGCAGGGGGGAGGUGCAGAAAAAUGUGAGGGAGGUGCAGGUCCUGCAGGCCCGACUGAAAGAUGCCAUCACCUGGGACGAACACUGCAACAUUGCUGGGAAACUCAGACGGCAAUUGGAGCAGCAGGAGAGUAGGAAUAAGAGUGAGAUGGACGAGUUGCUUCUCAGAUUGUCCAUCGUGCAGGAGGAGAACAGGAGUCUGGCUCUGGACAAAGCCAACCUGACUGCUGAUCUAAAGAGAAUUGGGACUGAGCUGGAGCUCAAAAGACAAACCAACAGGAAGACUGAGAGGAGGAUGAGUGUACUGAAGCGACAGAAGGAAGAGUGCGUGUUGAAAGAGGAAAAGACUCGGCACUACAUGGGAGCUGUCAUUUCUGUGGCGGAGCACAUUUCCCAGGAGAGAGACCAGCUAUUACAGAUGGCUUCGCUUCUUCAGCAGGAAAAGCAGGGAUGUAUCAGCAGGAUUCUGAAUGGCACAGUGCGAUUUGUAAAACUACAGGAAGAAGUCAAAGUGUACAGGAGGCAGGCGUCAACCAGACUGGCAGUGUUGGAGGAGGCAGCGGAGGGGAGGACAGCUUCUUACCAGAGGGAGAUCCUUCACCUGCAGAGGCUGCUAAGAGAAAGACAGGAGGCUGAGGAGAGACUACUGCAGUCCAAACGGGAAGUAGAGGAAGAGUUGGAGGUGGUGUGGCAGGCAGCAACCAGGGAGAACCAGCAGAUGAGGGAGACUCUCUUGGACUCAAAGCUCACUGCAGACCUCCAUGGUUGGGCUGAUUCCUGCAAUGCAUCCCAAGGCUGGCCUUCUCGGGCUCAGGAUGAGGCCGCUACGUCCACCCGGCACCAACCACACAGCUCUAUGGCCCUCCUCUUCACCUCUCACCAAAGCCCUGAGCUCCAGAGAAAGGCCAUAUUCAAAUCUGACUCAUAUAACCAAAACAUCUCCGUGGAUGAAAAGCAUAAACAUGGGCUGGAUUUCUAUUGCUAAAAUCCUGGAGCCGUAACCCCUGCUGAGGGUUAGUUACAGUCCUGAAUGUGUCAACUUACAGGCGUCUGCCUGACUUUGUUUCACAGAUCAAACCUUAAACUUGCACCAUGCUUUGUAACAAACUUGUAAGUGUAUUUAACUUCAUUGUCAUCCUGCCUCUCUGGUGGAGGCCAGUAUGUACAGGUAAGAGGAGGCAAAGUAAUCUGGGUACGUUCACUCUCCUGUGAGGAAAACAAACUAAUUAUACAGCUCACUUUAUAACACUGCUCAUUUUUUUAGAGUGUGGCCAAAUGUAGCUGACAUCAGACUGGGUAGUCAGAAAGACCUCCAUUUAAACAAUAAAGAUUUUUGCCAUUAAAAAAAUGCAUUUGUUUUUUUAAACAAGUCUCAGGGUUUUAUAGUUCAGUGGCAUCAUGUAGCUUUCAGAAGGCUUUUGUGUCCUACAGAACACAGCCAGUGUCGCCAUCUGCUGGAAAAAUGUGGUAAUGGUACUAUCAUUGUCAAGGAAGCAACAUUACAGCGUGCACAACAGGUAGACAUGGAAAAGCUACAGGUACACUAAAUCUGUGUGUGUGUGUGUGUGUCUGUGUGUGUGCGUGUUAGACACGUUGUUAGGCUAUAAAUCUGUUUACACAGUUAUAUUGUGGUGACUUUCCUUCCUUAUGGGGACAAAAUCCAAAAUGUAAAUCAUUAAAUUUCAAGGUGUGGACUAAAGCUGGGGUAAGGGUUAUGGUUCUAGUAAGUCUCCAGGAAAUGAAAGCAACUCAAUGUUAUGUAACACAGCUGAGUGUGUGUUUUUGUGUAUGUGCAUGUGUAUGUCAUCAUGGGGUCACACAUAACUUCAGACAUCAGUCUCCCACACACUUUAUAAAGGUGUUCAACACAGGAAACCAAAGUGACUGUACGUUCAAGAGACAGUGUUGCUGUGUUUUUUAAAUUUCUUUGUUUGAAAAUAAUGAAGAGAAAAUAAGAGUAAAAAAGUGUUAAGGCAGAAUAAGUGUUUAUACACAAAGAGGUGCACAUAUAUUUAUACAUGACUGGCUCCAUUUUCAUAUUGUUAUUACAUUUGUUAACCUUCACAUUAUAUUUUAGAUUAUGGCUGAAUUUGUAAAUUAAUUUUGACUUGCACUUAAAUCUGCUGCAGCACAGUGGUGUAGUGACUUU